AUGAAUGAAGCCUAUCAGCAGCAGCACGGGACACAGGGACGUCAAAUGAGCAAGGUAGAGCCAGCACCGCCCGACGAGAGGGUAAAAAACAAGGGCUAUGUGGCUGGUGAACAUAGGGCGGCCGACCCCAAGAAAUUUAAUAAGCGAAGGUGGUGGGAUGUUGUUGGUGUCGGUGUCGGCGUCGGUGCCGGCGUCGGUGCCGGUGUCGGUGGUGGAUACGGCACGCAAGGCAGCUUACCCGCUUUCCUUCAACUACCCUCAGUUGCGCUGCCACGGGCAUCGUUUUCUAGAAGAUUUCUUCGAGCCGAAGCUGAAUGGCAAAGGCUCAAGUAG